AUGCAAAACACAAAAAAUACAAAUGAAUGGAUUAACUGGAUUGAAGAAGCAGUUUCUAAAGAGUAUUAUAAACUCUAUGAACAUGAAAAUUUUAGCGAUAUUCAAAAAAUUGGCACUGGAGGAUUCGGAAAAGUUUAUCGUGCGAGUUGGAAAAAUUCUCAAUAUUUUGCGUUGAAAACUUUUUUUAAUCUUGAUGACGUUACUGCAAAAGAAAUCGUUCAUGAGCUUAAGCUUCAACGGGAUAAACAAUUUCAUGAUAACAUUAUUAAAUUUUAUGGAAUUGCAAAAUUUGAUCCAGAAAACCAAAAUUCUCAAUCAAAUAAUUAUUUGCUAGUGAUGGAAUAUGCUAAUUCUGGUCCUCUUAAAAAUUAUUUAAAGGAAAAUUUCAAUAGUCUUACAUGGAACAAUAAAUAUAACUUUGCGUACCAAUUAGCCUGUGCCGUGUCAUGUUUACAUAAUGAAGGAAUUAUACAUCGUGAUUUGCAUUCCGGUAAUGUACUGGUCCAUCGAAACAAUAUCAAAUUAUCUGACUUUGGGUUGUCGAAGAGAAUUGAAUCAUCAUCCAACACACAAUCAAAACUUUUUGGAAUAAUUCCUUACGUUGAUCCAAAAAGAUUUAGGGGACGAAGAAAAAAUAAAAGUUCAACACAAAUAUUUUCGUUAAAUGAAAAAAGUGAUGUCUAUAGUGUUGGUGUAUUACUUUGGGAGAUAUCUAGUGGUCAACCUCCCUUUUAUUCUGAAGGCGAACAAUAUGAUAUUGAUUUGGCUUUAGAAAUUUUACAGGGUCUUAGAGAAGAACCCGUUCCCGAUACACCUGAAGAUUAUGUUGAGAUUUAUACUAGAUGUUGGAAUGGCGAACCAGACAAACGCCCAACCAUAAAUCAAGUAGUAGAAAGAUUAGAAGCAAUUAUGACAAAAAUAAACAUAAUAACAGAAAAUUAUCAAACAGAAUUAAGCCUUCGAUCAACAUCAACGGAUGGACAAAAUUUUAAUCCAAUUAAUAUUGGUACUUUAUCGAAUAUUAAUAAUUCAUUACAUGGGGAAAUGUCUCAAAUUAUACAAAAUUUUGGUAAAAUGAACACAAUAUCUACAUCAUUAACAAAUGAAAAUAAAAAAAAUUUAAAUAAAAUGGUUAAUGAUACAGUAAAUUAUAUUUUCAAAAUAAUUAAUGAAGGAAAAGAAUUAACGCAUAUCAAAAAUACUAAAAAUAUUCGUGAUUAUUUUGAUAAUAAUAAUAUAAAUUCACCAGAAAUUUAUUGUUGGUUAUUAAUUAGUCAAAAUAAUUCAGAUUCUAUAUUCUUACUUGGAUAUUUUAAUUAUUUAGGGAUUGAAACAAGCGAAGAUAAUAAGAAAGCAUUUGAUUUAUUUAUUGAUGCGUCAGAACAAUGUCAUAUAUUAGCACAAUUUUAUGUUGGAUUAUGCUAUGAAAAUGGCCGUGGAACUGUAAAAGAUGAAAAAUUGGCUUUUAAAUGUUACCAAAAAAUAGCCAAUAAGGGUUAUGCUUCAGGAUUAUUGAAAAUUGGUUAUUUCUUUAAUAAUGGUAUUGGAACUAGUGUUAAUUAUCAAAAAGCAUUUGAGUUAUAUCAACAGGCGGCAAAUCUAGGAAGUAUUAUGGCUCUAAACAAUCUUGGCAGUGUGUAUUAUGAUGGUAGAAGUGUUGAAAAAGAUUAUUAUAAAGCUAUGGAAUUAUAUCAACAAGCGGCAAAUUUAGGUAAUAGUGUGGCUCAAUAUAAUCUUGGUGGUAUGUAUUAUAAUGGAGAUGGUGUUGAUAUAAAUUAUGAAAAAGCCUUUGAAUUAUAUUACAAGGCAGCAAAUUCAGGAUUAAAUAAUGCUCAAUAUAAUCUUGCUGUUAUAUAUGAAUAUGGAAAAGGAACUGAAAAGGAUAUAAUUAAAGCAAUUUAUUGGUACGAGAAAUCUGCUAAGCAAGGAUUUCAACGUGCUCAAAAUAAAUUAGAAGAUUUAAUAAAACGACAAUCAAGCUUGUUUAUUUGA